AUGAAGAAAGAUGAGGAACUAUAUAGCUGGCAGAAAGCAAGUCAUGGAGACAUUCUAGCCAAAGGAUUUAACAUAAAUAUACAAGGAAAGAUGAAAGAGUCAGACAAGGGUAGUAAACUGCUAGCAUUUUCAUUAAAGAAAGUACAGUGGGUCUGUGGGGAAGUGGUGAACACUAAAAUUCGGAAGGUGGAUAAGAAUUUUCUCAAGAAAUUUGCAGAAUUUGAGAUUUUUCCUAUAGGGGAAAAGAGUUGGGCUAUCUGCAGUGUAAAAAUGGAUUUCCUGAUGUUUUCAGAAAAAAAGAGCACUGGUGCUAGCCUUGCCCUAGGUUUACACAGGCAAAUUUCUGUCACCAUUUCCAGGCAAUAUGUGCUGUUGGUCCCCACUGUUCUACAAGAAGGCUCUUUAGAAAAAGUUUGUGCCCAGCUUUUUAAUCUUACUGAAAGUGUUGUUUUGACUGUCUCCAUCAACUAUGGUGAGGUUCAGACCAAAAUAUUAGAAGAACGUGUUACAGGAGAGAAUUUCUUCCAAUGCGUCAACUUUGAGGUUCCUAAGGCCAGAUCUGACCCACUGGCUUUCAUUACAUUCUCUGCUAAAGGAGACACUCUCAACCUAUAUGAAAGAAGAUCUGUGGCAAUCCAGCCCAAAAGAAAUGUGGUCAUUGUGCAGACAGAUAAAAAGAUUUACAAACCUGGACAGAUAGUGAGAUUGCGAAUAGUGUCUCUGAAUGAUCACUUGAAGCCUGUUGAGCAAAAGGAUCCACAUGGCAAUCGAAUACAACAGUGGGACAACGAGGAGUCUUUCAGAGGUCUUGUGCAACUCUCCUUCCCAUUAAUCUUGGAGCCUAUCCUGGGCUGGUAUUCUAUCUCCGUGGAAAUGCUCUCUGGAGAGACAGUGCAUCAGUCCUUCUCUGUGGAAGAAUAUGUGUUACCCAAAUUUCAAAUGACUGUGGAUGUACCAGAAAGUGUCUUAGUUGUGGAACCUGAAUUCAAAGUUAAUAUCUGUGCCUCAUAUACCUAUGGCAAACCUGUGGAGGGGAAAGUUCAACUUAAUGUGUGCAGAGCACCUCCUUAUGUUUCUAGUACUUGCAAAUUUCCUCUCAAUCCACUCUGCAAAAACUUUACCACUCAGUUAGGGAAAGCUGGCUGCAUCUCCCAUCUUAUUAACACAAACACUUUUGAGUUAUAUCGGGAAGGAUACAAGAGUUACCUCGAAGUGCACGCCCUUAUCACAGAACAUGGAACAGGUGUGCAGCUUGCAGGCUUCAAGUAUAUAACAAUAGAUUCAGCAAUGGUGAAGAUUCAAUUUGAGAAUAUGGACAAGGUCUACAAACAAGGAAUUCUGUAUUCUGGCCAGAUUAAAUUACUUCAUCCAGACAACACUCCCAUCCCAAACGAAAUCAUCCAGUUGCACCUGCGGGACACAAUUGUGGGCAACUAUACCACAGAUACAAAUGGCAUUGCUCAAUUUUCCUUGGACACGUCUAAGAUUACAGACCCAAAUAUCACUCUGAAAGCAACCUAUAAGAACAAUGAAAACUGCAAGGUUGAUGGCUGGAUGUUGCCUUAUUACCCUCAGUCGAAGCACUUUGUAGAACGAUUUUACUCCAAGACUAAGAGCUUCCUAAAGAUUGUCCCAGAGAUGGAGGACCUGAGAUGUAACCAGCAGAAGCGGGUGACGGUGCACUACCUUCUCAAUAUGGAAGACUUUGAAGACAAAAAUUACACAGUGACCUUCAAUUAUUUGGUGAUUUCAAAAGGUGUAAUCAUUCUUCAUGGGCAACAUACAGUCAAGAUCAGUGAUCAUGAUAUGAAGGGCAUAUUUUCCAUCCCUAUAGAAGUUAGCUUGGAGUUGGCUCCCUCUGCAGUUAUGCUUGUCUACACUUUACAUCCUGAAGGAGAAAUGGUUGCUGACAGUACCCAAUUCAAAAUUGAGGAAUGUUUCCAAAAUGAGGUCAACUUAAAUUUCUCUAAAGAAAAAAGUUUACCAGGAUCCAAUAUCAGCCUUCAUGUUUCAGCUGCCUCAAACUCUCUUUGUGCUGUUUGGGGUGUAGAUGAAAGUGUAUUGUUACUAUGGAAUUAUAACCAGCUAUCAGCACAAAGUGUAUAUAAUAUGCUAUAUUAUAAGCAACUAUAUGGCUAUUAUUUCGAAGGACUUAACUUAGAGGAUGGCUCUAAAGAUCCAUGUCUCAAACGUGAACAAAUUCUUUACAAUGGAAUUUAUUACACACCUGAAUGGGCUGACUUUGGAAUUGAUGCCUAUGACCUUGUGAAGGCAAUAGGAUUAAAGGUUUUUACCAACUCUCAUUACCGGAAACCAGUGCUGUGCAAGAAUUACAUGUAUCCUGACUAUGAUGUUAAACAAGGUUCAGGAACAGCUACAGCUUCGAAUCAUAUUAUUGAGGGUAACACAGGUUUUAUAUCUUAUACUGAAACUCUGAGGACAUCAUUUCCUGAGACUUGGAUUUGGGAUCUUAUCACCACUGACUCCACAGGGAAAGCCAGUCUUCCUCUUACUGUUCCUGAUACCAUUACACAAUGGAAAGCCAAUGGAUUCUGCCUAGAUGAUAAAACUGGAUUUGGCAUUUCCCCAACCAUCUCCCUGACAGCUUUUCAGCCCUUCUUUGUGGAACUCACUCUCCCCUAUUCAGUUGUUCGAGGAGAAGCAUUCACUCUGAAAGCCAAUGUCUUCAACUACCUGAAUGCAUGUGUUCAGAUUAGUACUGUACUGGAAGCAUCUAGUGCUUACCAAGCCAGACUUCUCCCAACUAAAGAUGAAAAUGUUUGCAUAUGUGGAAGUACUGUCAACCUCACUGUCACUGCUGAAACCCUGCAGAGCAGUACUUGUGGAAAUGGGUCAUUCCUGGCUCUGAAUAAUGGCUGGAGGGAUAUACUGAUCAAAUCAUUGCUGGUAGAGCCCGAAGGUAUUGAAAAGGAGAUGACGCAGGGCUCACUUAUUUGCACAAAUGGAUCCACAGUAUCUCAAUCAGUGGUGCUACCAUCACCAGAAAAUCUUGUGAAAGAUUCAUCUAGAGCUUAUUGGUCUGUUCUUGGAGACAUUCUCAGCUCUGCUAUGCAAAACUUACAUCAUCUUCUCCGAAUGCCUUUUGGUUGUGGAGAGCAGAAUAUGGCUCGAUUCGCUCCCAAUAUUUACAUCUUGGACUAUCUGAAUCAGACUCAACAACUAACAGAAGAGAUAAAAUUCAAGGCUAUUGGAUACCUGAUAGAAGGUUAUCAGAAGCAACUGUCUUAUAAAAACGCGGAUGGAUCAUAUAGUACCUUUGGAUAUAAAUAUCAACAAGGAAACACAUGGCUUACUGCAUUUGUUUACAAAUCAUUUGCACAAGCUAAACGCUACAUUUAUAUUGAUGACAAAGUUCAGUCCCAUACACUUAUUUGGCUUGUAAAUAAUCAGAAAUCAGAUGGCUGCUUCCCAAAUUCUGGCAAUGUCUUCAACAACGCUUUGAAGGGAGAAGAAGAUGAUAAGAUUUCUCUCACUGCAUAUGUUAUUAAUGCACUGAUUGAAGCUGGUCACCCAACCUCGUUUGUGGCAAUUCAAAAGGGUCUUCAGUGCAUAGAGGCUGCAUGUAAGGAGAGAGCUACUACUACCUAUGAACAGGCUCUCCUGGCCUACACUUUCACUUUAGUAGGCCAGAAAGGCAAAAGGGAAUCCUUUAUCAGUAUGCUAAAGGAAAAAGCACGGAAAGUAGGUGGCUCAGUGUACUGGGAACUAGAAAAGCAGCACUCGACAGCAGGAUCCUCCUCCUACUACUACCCUUCAGCGUCCUCUGCAGAGAUCGAGAUGACCUGUUAUGGCCUAUUGGCCAUUCUCUCCAAGCCACAGCUGUCUGCUGAAGAGCUGUCCUAUGCUUCUCAGAUCGUACAGUGGGUAGCAAAGCAGCAAAACUCCUAUGGAGGUUUCUCUUCCACAAAGGAUACCGUUGUGGCUCUCCAAGCUCUGACCCUAUUCCAAAGGCUCACUUUCUCUAAAAAUAAGCAAAAUUCAGUGCUGAUUUUCUCUGACCAAGCAUUCUCCAGGGGCUUCCAAGUGAAUGAUGAGAACCGUUUGCUGUUACAACAAAUCCCAUUGCCGACAACAAACAAGAACUAUACGGUGGAAGUGAGUGGCAACGGUUGUGUAUAUGUACAGCCUGGUCAACGACUUCAUCGAGGACUGCGUGGCGGUGAUUUUCUAUUUCCGUCACAUCACCUACAUUUAUUAGCUGGUGUUCUACAAAGAAAAGCUCCUCUCCAGAACCUGGAGACAUUUAACUGCUCUGCCAAAAGGGCAAGAUAA